AUGUCUGCCAUUUUCUUUCAUAAAUAUUGGAGCAUUGUGGGUUCCGAUGUCACCACCAUGGUGCUAAAUGUGCUUAACCUCAAUAUGUCUAUAACAGAACUCAACAAUACCAACAUUUCCAUUAUCCCAAAAACCAACUACCCCACCAAAAUAACAGAGUUUCGGCCAAUUAGCUUAUGCAAUGUAGUGUACAAGCUUAUCUCCACGGUGCUGGCCAACCACCUCAAAGGCAUCCUUCCCCAUGUUAUUACAGAGAACCAAAGCACAUUUACCUUAGAAAGGGUGAUCACAGACACUGUAUUAGUUGCAUUUGAGAUUAUGCACUACCUAAACCACAAAACUGAAGGCAAGGAAAGCUUCAUGUCCAUUAAACUAGACAUGAGUAAGGCGUUUGAUAGGAUGGAAUGGGGCUUUGUCAAGGGUGUCAAGGAAAAAUUGGGCUUUAAUAGGAAAUGGGUUAACCUCAUCAUGUAG